AUGGUGGGCGCAAUGCCUGUUAACUUAAUACCAAAAUUUUGCAACGGUACCAUGGACAGUCACAAUGGUACUGACGAAAUCGAAAUACAAAUUCACAUCGGUAGUCGCGUUAAGUGUAACGAUGAGUUCGGUACAGUGAAAUAUAUUGGUGAAGUGCACGGAUAUAAAGGUGUUUGGUACGGCGUGGAAUGGGACAAUCCCACCAGGGGCAAGCAUGAUGGAUCUUUGGAUGAUGUUCAGUACUUUAAAGCAUCAAAACCCGCUGCAGGUUCUUUCAUUCGUCCGAACAAAAUAAGUCCGUUGCGGACUUGUUCUGACGCUAUUCGGAAAUAUUACGGAGACAGAGAGGACGAAACAGUGGCGGCUCAUCGCAGGACUGUCAUCAAUGAGUGGAAAAGAGAGAUGGGUGCCCCUUUCAUUGAAAUGGUCGGUUUUGACAAGAUACAUCAGAAACAAAAGUUCGAUCGCCUGCUAGAAGUGUGCGUGCACGACCAGAAUAUAGCCAAGGCUGGGGAUGUAGCUGGCUUGUGUCCUAAUGUUAGGAGUUUGGAUGUGUCCCGUAACCUGUUCUACAACUGGCGCGAAGUGAUCCAGCUGUCUGCUCAACUGCCUGACCUGAGGGAACUGGAUGUAAGCAAAAAUCGCAUGGCUAUCGACAUGCCAGAAGAAACCCUCACCCAACUGUCUAUCAACUUCGCUUCCCUGGAGAAACUCAACAUUUCAGUCUGCGAUUACGAGUGGGCUGACAUUCUGUCUCUCUCUCACUUAUUUCCCAAAAUAAACGAACUCAUAGCUGCUUACAACAGAAUCAAAACGAUAAUACCGCCUUCUGUCACUCUGAGGACUUUGACCACGAUCAGGCUAGACGGGAACCCGCUAGAGUCAUGGUAUGAAAUAAUGAACCUUGGGAUGCUCAAGAACUUGAAGAUAUUGAGUCUGAACGACUGUCUUAUAUCCGAGAUCAGGUUCAACGAUAAUCCUGAUGAGAAGGUGGAUGUGUUUGAGAGUCUGGAGGUGCUGUUUCUUAACAGGAACAGGAUCAAUGAUUGGCGAUCAUUGAGCGAACUGAACAAGCUGCACUGUUUGAAGAAACUGUACUUCUUGAGGAACCCCAUACAGAACACAGAAGACUAUGACACCGGCUCACAACUCAUCUCGGCCAAGAUUGACACACUGCAGGAACUGAACGGGUCGGCCAUAACGCGGGAGCUGCGGCGCGGGGCGGAGUACGACUACCUGAAGCGCUACGGCGCCGAGUGGAAGCGCGCGCAGCUCCAGCCCGCCCUGCGCCAAGCCUUCAGCCUCCAGCACUGCAGGUUCAAUCACCUCAUUGACAAAUAUGGCAUCCCAGAGGACAGCCUGCUCGUGACUCAACCGAAAAUUACAACUCUCACAUCUCAACUACUAGAAAUAGUAUUAAAAGACGAGAGUGGCAAAUCGUUGAAAAAGAAGUUCCCAUCUUCAAUGCUCGUUCAAAAGUUGGUAACACUGGCGCAGAGAUUGUUCUCGAAGGGACACAGCGGUACUCCGACGUUAUAUUUAUUAGAUGACCAGAUGAAAGGCGCAGAAAUAUGUUUAGACAACGUUAUGAAAGAUCUCGCUUUCUUUUCCGUAAAAAAUGGCGACACAGUUCUUGUGAGAUUCAGGUAA